AUGGCUUCUCCGCAGGUAUCGAGCGUUAUUGAUCCCUCUAAGAAUGGUCGCUACACCCUGCAGCUGAGUGACAAGCUUCUCGGCACUUCCAGCUCGAGCGACAAUCACAAGCCAGCGCAGUCAACGGAAAAGAGAAACACCACCAUCAAAGCUGACAACGACGGAAGCUGUUCGCUAAGCAUCACCGACGAAGAGCCGACCUCUGCCGAGCCGCAACAGUAUACCUACGAGGGGGUCCGCAAAUCCCACAAGAAGACCUACGUGCUCGUUUUCAAUCAAGACAAGCAGACAUGCUCGCUCGAACCGCUCGAAGACACAUACAGUUUCAAUCUCACGUCUACCCCAUGGGAGUCUUCCAAGAGCAAGCUCCAGACACAAUACCGACAACUCAAGGAGACGAGCUCAGAUGAUGAGAGCGGGCGUAAAGCCGAAGCAGCGAAUGUUCCUAGCGACGGAAGCGACCAAGAGCCCGACCCAACCAAACCCUACGACUUCCGGCGCUUCCUGCACCUUGUCCCCGAGCAAUCCAGCCCGCCCAACGAGCCCUUCCGCAGCGCGACAGGCACGCCGCGCUCUGAACAUGGACGCUCGACACCCAUAAUGAACAAUGACAUCCGCGAGCCGCCUACGAAACCCACGCGCUCCGUAAAAUCUCAAGCGGCCUCUUCCCGCAAGCGCAAGACGCCCGAGCCCUCCAGCACCGCCGCCAAAUCAUUCAAAUCUGCUGCGGUCCCAACCGUCCGCCUGGAUCGGCGCGCCUCAACCCGGCCCACCGACCUCAAGCCCGCAGCCCGCCCCUCCACGAAGCCCAAGGUCAAGCCCGAUUCUCAGUUCAAGAGCGACCCCCUGGUCCACUCCUCCGACGACUCAGACGGCGCCAGAGACGGCCCCGCCCGCUUCGAGCUCUCCGACGGCGGCCUCCAGAUCGACUUCGGCGACGCCGCGCCCCGGAAGCGACACUACAGCACCACGGUCCCGCUAGCCUCCGCAACAGACGGGCCGAUUUCCCUGCGCAGCGCCGCCAGCAGCGCGGUCAACAGCGCGGCCAACACUCCCCUGCCUGGCAGGAAGAAGCACGACGAUGUCCCCGAAUUCGACCUCGGGUCCAGUGUCGGCGGAGAUGAGUCCGACGAGGACGACGGGUAUCGUGAGGACGACGAGGGCGAGCGGGAUGCAGAAGGGGACGAGGAUAUCGAACCGAUGGAUUUGGGGCCGCCGGCUCAUGGGGCGGGGAGGAAGAGUGAGGAGGGUAGGGUCGAGGCGGCGGAGGUGGAUGUGGAGGACGACGAAGCGGGCUUUGAGGCGGAGAUGAUGCAGGAGUUGAUGAGUGGGGCGGCGGAGAGUGAUGAGGAGAGUGAGGAGGAGUAG